CUCUGGGCGGGUUAUAUAGCCCCCUCCGCGGGCUGGACUCUGCAGAGAGGGACACACACACCGGGAGAUUUCAGCGGCUCCUUGCAAAUCGCGCCGGCCCCGCGCCCCAGCUCGGCCAGUUCUGCACCCCCAGACCAGACGCGAGCCCCAGCGGCGCAGGAGCGACCCCGCCAGAAUGAAAAAGGCAAACGUUGACCUCACUAUGAAAAAGUUUCAAGGUUCACAGCAGCGUCACAUUCAGUGGAAGCCAUGUGGGUGACCAACCUUCUGGCCCUCUGUGCCCUAGCGGCUGCAGUGCCCUCGGAAGAUAAGAAGCUGAGCGAUAAGGCAACCACCUUAGCUGACCGCAGUGCAACUUUCGCCUUCAACCUCUACCACACGAUGGCUAAAGACAAGAACAUGGAGAACAUCCUCGUGUCUCCUGUGGUGGUGGCCUCCUCGCUCGGCCUGGUGUCACUCGGUGGCAAGGCUACCACAGCCUCCCAAGCCAAGGCCUUGCUCAGCGCCGACAAGCUGAACGAUGACUAUGUUCAUGGCGGGCUGUCGGAGCUCCUGAACGAGGUCAGCAACUCCACCGCCCGCAAUGUCACCUGGAAGCUCGGGAACCGCUUGUAUGGCCCCAGCUCCAUCAGCUUUGCUGAUGACUUUGUGAAGAGCAGCAAGAAGCACUACAACUACGAACACUCCAAGAUCAAUUUCAGGGACAAGAGGAGCGCCCUGAAAUCCAUCAACGAGUGGGCAUCCCAGACCACCGAUGGCAAGCUCCCCGAGGUCACCAAAAACGUGGAGAAGACCGACGGGGCCCUGAUCGUGAACGCCAUGUUCUUCAAACCUCACUGGGAUGAGAGGUUCCAUCACACGAUGGUGGACAACCGUGGCUUUAUGGUGACCCGUUCCUACACAGUGGGAGUUCCCAUGAUGCACCGCACAGGUCUGUACAACUACUUUGAUGAUGAGGCUGAGAAACUUCAGAUUGUGGAGAUGCCUCUCGCUCACAAACUCUCCAGCAUGAUCUUCAUCAUGCCCAACCAUGUGGAGCCACUGGAGAGAGUUGAGAAGCUGCUGACCAGAGAGCAACUGAAAACUUGGAUCAGCAAGUUGAAGAAGAGAGCCGUGGCCGUUUCCCUGCCGAAAGUCAGCUUGGAAGUCAGCCACGAUCUUCAGAAACACUUGGCGGACCUUGGCUUGACUGAAGCCAUGGACAAGAACAAGGCUGACCUGUCCAAGAUUUCAGGCAAGAAAGAUCUGUACCUUUCCAACGUUUUCCAUGCUGCGGCCCUCGAGUGGGACACCGAGGGGAACCCCUUUGAUGCCGACAUCUACGGCCGAGAAGAAAUGAGGAAUCCGAAACUCUUCUACGCCGAUCACCCAUUCGUCUUUGUGAUCAAGGACAAUAAAACCAACUCCAUUCUUUUCAUUGGCAGGCUAGUGAGGCCCAAAGGGGACAAAAUGCGCGAUGAAUUGUAGUUUGAAUUUUCAGGUUUUGGUGGGGAUUUUUUAAAUGGGGAAAUGUUCUUUUGUAUUCUCUACGAACUGAUGGGUGCUAGCCGGACCAGAGUGCAUUUUGAUGUUAAAUCCAGCAUACACUUUACCCUGCCAGAAUAUUCCACCAAAAGAAAAUGCGGGGGAGGAAUAGGGGAGGUGGGAGGGAGAGGGGUGAAAGGGCCAGGAACAAUGGGAGGAACCAGUUCACUGGGAUUCUGUUCCCAAUCAGUGGCAUAUCUGCUGAGAUUUUAGGUUACUGUCUGUCUUCCUUCUUCCUGCAGUAGAAUAAAUCCUUCUGCCAAGCACGAUGGCACCAUCUGCCAGGAUGCAAACUGUCAGCCGAGGCCAUGGUAAAGGUACCAGCCCACACACUUGCAUCACAGUCUCUGUUGUGCCCUUUGUUCUAGACACAUGGAGCACAGCUUCUCCAUCCUUCUUCCCUGACAGCUUCCUUCAGGUUUGCGCUUAGGGGACAGCUUGCCUCCCGCGCAUAGAUUGUCCCUGGUUCCUUGCACUGGGGGCGUUUCUUGGCUGAGCUGGAAGCCAGGGGGCUGGUCCCUUUAUCUGUUCCCUCCUUGAAAUUCUUCUGCCUGUAUCUUGUUUGUUAAAGGGAGUGGCAGGGACUUGAGUGUGCUCCCGCUUACAUUGACUGACAGCAAUAGAGGCACUCCUGACAGAUGCAAAUGUAAGGGAGAGGAGAAGUGAGCCCCCAGGAGUUAGUCUAACCAUUUCGGUUACUUUAGAGGGGGAAACAGACUGUAACAAACAGCCAUACAAGUAAGUAGGUGCUCAGAUGCUAUGGCCAACAUACAAACAUAGAUACAAGUAGAAUUUUCCCUGUACCUUCUAAACCACUUAGCUAUGCUCUGAAAUGUGUCAUAUCUCCCCAGCUACUUCCAGUUGAACAUAGACUAAAAACCUUUCCACUCCCCUUACCCAUGGACCGCUGAAAUCUUGCAAAAAUCUGCUUCUUUGGGAAUACUCUAUUUAAAAAAA